AGCCUGUUAGCUGAAACACCGUCAACACUGGAGCACAGUGAUGGACGCGCCCAGUGUUAGCUUAGCCUGUUAGCUGAAAGUAGUCAGCACCAAGGAACACAGCGAGUCAGAGAGACACCUUGAUGGAGAACAGACUGUGUUGCUGAAGGAUUUUAAGGAGGGUUUCUACUGAGAUUGUGUGGAAAUCUCAGUGUUUGAGAAAAGACAACUAACGGAGAUGGAGGGACCGACAGACAGUGAGCAAAUGGACUCUAAAUUUAAUGAUGUCCAGCAGCUUUUGGUGAUCAAAGAGGAGCCUCCUGCUGAGGAGCAGAACUGGAGUCCCAGACUGGACCAGGAGGAGCAAAAGCCCCCACUGAUUAAAGAGGAACAGGAGGAGGCGGAGAUCAGUGAGUUAACAUUAGGUUCUGUCUCUGAGAGGGGUGACGAUACUGAAGAGAAACCUCAGCUCCCAGAACUGCAUCACAGACAACCCGAGGAAAAUGGAGACUCUGUGGAACCAGAACUAGAUCCAGACGGGUGUUUAGAAUCGGAUCCUGAAGACAAAACGUCUGAUUCAGAGACGGAUGUCAGCGAUGGAAACUGGAAGGAGAGCAUUCAAACUCAGUCAGUUUUAGACUCUGUGACCCCUGUUCGAUAUAGCUGCUCUGAAUGUGGUAAAAUCUUCACCCGCAGACAUUAUUUGUCAGAACACGAAAGAAUCCACACAGGAGUAAAACCUUUCAUCUGCUCCGUCUGUAGCAAAGGUUUUACAUGGAAAAGUGGAUUAGUGCGGCACAUGAGAGUUCACAGUGGAGAAAAACCUUUCAGCUGCUCUGUCUGUAACAAAGCUUUUUCUUCUAAAAAAAAUUUAAUGCAACACACAAAAGUCCACACAGGGGAACGACCUUACAGCUGCUCCAUCUGUAAUGCAGCUUUUAAAAGAAGUCACACCUUGAAAGAUCACAUAAGAACCCACACUGAUGAGAGGCCCCACAGCUGCUCGAUCUGCGGCCAGAGCUUCAGGUACAGGUCCUAUUUAGUUGUCCACAUAAGAGGUCACGCAGAAGAAAAACCAUUCAGCUGUCCCACCUGUAAAGCAACGUUCAAAAGGAAACUCACUUUAGAGGAACAUAUAAGAACCCACACUGGAGAGAAGCCUUACAGCUGCUCGGUAUGUGGUAAGAGCUAUGUCCGCUACAUGAGUCUAUCACGUCACAUGAGGCUGCACACAGGUGAAAGACCUUACAGCUGCUCCACCUGUCAGGCAACCUUCAGAUGGAGACAUGCAUUUGUGAACCACACAAAGAUCCAUACAGAAGAUAACCUCUUAAGUGCCCAGACUGUGGUCUCUGAUGUUGGAGUUGAGUAAAGAGUCACAACACUGUUCAGCAGCUGUUUGUAAAGCAGCUUUUCAAGGGAAAUCAACUCUAAGAGGACAUUGGAAUUCAAGCUUGUUUCAUCUGUUACAAAAUAGUGUUUUUUAAAUGAAUCUGACUCUGAUUAUGUGAUUGUAUUAUAAUGAAGUGGAUUUAUCUGGACUGAAUUUAAUUCUUCUUACUUUGAGAUGACAUUUGUUUUGAACUGGCGCCACUUAAAUGAACUGAAUUGAAUUAUUCUUAUUGAUCUGCAGCCAAAGAGCAUCAUCAGAGAUGUUCAGGGAUCUUCCAGGAUUCAAGCUCAGAUUACUGCUUGUUUAAGUGCUGCCUUCCAUUUACUUCAAAACUAGGAAGUUGGAAUGACGUAUCUUCCAAGGUGAUAGCGUUCCAGUUUCCUGCUUGUAAACGUUUGUAUUCUUUAUCGCUUGUAUUUGGCCAAAAUGGCCACUGUUACAACAAUAACACUGUUCUACACAGUAUUUUAUGAAUAUAAACAUUGACACAUUUCGUCUUAUAAACUCUGAGAAGUAGUAAAUGUAUAUGGGGUAAGAACGCUGUCAAAAACAACGUGUAUGUAAAGAUGGAAAUGUGUACAUAUUAGUCAAUAGUUGUGCAUAAGUAAAAUCCAAAAGAGGUAUUGUAUA